AUGGAGCAGCAGGAGGAGGCACCGACGUCGACGACGAUGACGGUGUCGCUGGCCACGUCGCCCAAGCCGGCGCCGGCGAGCAACGGCAGCAAGAAGCAGCUGCCGUCGCGAUUCCGCCGGGUGUGCGUCUUCUGCGGGAGCAGCCCGGGGAGGAAGCCGGCGUACCAGCUGGCCGCCGUGCAGCUCGGGCAGCAGCUGGUGGAGCGCGGCAUCGACCUCGUGUACGGCGGCGGCAGCGUGGGGCUGAUGGGCCUGGUGUCCCGCGCCGUGCACGGCGGCGGCGGGCGCGUCACGGGCGUCGUGCCCCGGUCAGUGCUCCCGCGCGAGCUCAUCGGCGAGACGCCCGGCGGCGAGGAGGUGAAGGCCGUGUCCGGCAUGCACCAGCGCAAGGCCGAGAUGGCCCGCCGCGCCGACGCCUUCGUGGCGCUCCCCGGCGGCUACGGCACGCUGGAGGAGCUGCUGGAGGUCAUCACCUGGGCGCAGCUCGGCAUCCACGAGAAGCCCGUGGGAUUGCUGAACGUGGACGGGUACUAUGACUUGCUGCUGGCGUUCAUCGACAGGGCGGUGGAGGAGGGGUUCGUGGCACCGGCGGCGCGGCACAUCAUCGUGGCGGCGCCCACACCCGGUGAGCUGCUAGCCGCGCUGGAGGAGUACGUGCCGGCGCACCACGACGCCUCCUCCGUGAAGCUCAGCUGGGAGUCGUCCGUGGACACCAGGACCUGCUCACCACCCAAGCCAGACAUGUCACGCUAG